CCGGGGCGCGCUGGAGGGGGCUGGGGGCGAGAGCAGCGGGGCUUGAGAAGCCACGGCCCGGCCUGAUCCAGCUGCACUCUCCGCGCUGCCGCUGCUGCUGCCACGGGGGUGAGAGCAAUUAUUUCACAACAGCCGCACACAGGAGAAAAAAGAGGAGGAGGAGAAGGAGGAGGAGGCGCGCUGCUAGAAAGAAAGAAAGAAAAAAAAAACAACAUGAGAGGGGAAGAAGAAUGAUGGUUGAGUUUUUGGAUCUGUGAGGCCGGAAAGAGGAGAGAUGGCUGUGCACGUUUUUAAAUGUCUGCGCCGGCCCGGGCGCUAGAGCGGCCAACAGAGGUGAGUGAAAGUGUGUGUAGGCCCAUCCAGCGCCGUGACAGGAGCGGCAUGGAAUAUGAGGAGUCAGACUUUCUACCUGCAGACACCCCCAGAAAAAAAGGAGGCGUCGUGUCCAAGAAGACUCAUUUGACCCAGAUUGAAGUUAUCCCGUGCAAGAUUUGUGGCGAUAAGUCUUCCGGAGUGCAUUAUGGAGUCAUCACCUGUGAAGGCUGCAAGGGCUUUUUCCGGCGCAGUCAGCUUCCCACUGUGUCCUACUCCUGCUCCAGGCAGAGUAACUGUCAGAUCGACCGGGCCAGCCGGAACCGCUGCCAGCACUGCCGCCUGCAGAAGUGUUUGGCUCAGGGCAUGAGCAGAGACGCUGUGAAGUUUGGCCGCAUGUCCAAACGUCAGAGGGACUCUCUGAUUGCUGAAGUGGAGCGACACAGACAGCAGCAGCAACAGCAGCAGCUUCAGGACGACACGCAGGUGGAGCUGUCCUACCCGCCCAAAAACCGCCAGGAACACUCCCCGCAGCUCCUUCAGCCCAUCGCCACACCGUACCCCUACGUCGGUGACGCCUACGGCUCAGAGGUCCACCCCUAUCUGGUUUACUCCCCGAGCGACUCGCAGGGGUACCGGGGCUCCGGUGUGUCCCCUACGUCCAGAUUUCAGGGGCGGGGGGACAGCGGAGGACACCACGAUAUCAGAGGAUUUGACUCCAGACAGCAACAUCAGGACCUCAUGGCUCUUCAUUCCUACAAUCCUCUCGAUGACCUCUACAACCACUACCCCCACUCUCUGCGAAACAUAGAUGAGAUGUGUGCCAGCAUUGUGCGUUCCCACAGAGAAACCAGCCAGUACAGACUGGAGGAGCUGCAGGCUCUCAGAUGGAAAGUGUUCAGCAGAGAGGAGAUCCAAGCCUACCAGAGCAAGACAGUGGAUGAGAUGUGGCAGCACUGUGCCGUCCGACUGACUGAUGCUGUUCAGUAUGUGGUGGAGUUUGCGAAACACAUCCCGGGUUUCCGCAUGCUCAGCCAGAAUGACCAGAUCGCUCUCCUCAAAACUGGCUCCAUGGAGGUGGUUCUGGUCCGAAUGUGCCGCUUUUUCAACACAGAAAACAACACUGUUUUCUUUGAUGGAAAAUUUGCUGGAACUGAGGCUUUCAAGUCUCUGGCGUGUGGAGAUUUAAUCGCAGCAGUGUUCGACUUCGCUCACGGCAUGUGUGCUCUGAAACUCACAGAGCAGCAGCUCGCCCUCUUCAGUGCUCUGGUCCUAAUCAACCCUGACCGUCCCUCUCUAGAGGACAGAGUGAGAGUCCAACGAGUACACAGAAGUGUGGAGGUGGGACUCACUCACAUUCUUCACCGAGACAACCACGAUAGUCUGUUGCAUAAGCUCUACCAGAGGAUGGCAGUGUUGCGUUCGCUGUGCAGCCUGCAUAUGGAGAAGCUGCGCUGGUUCAGCCAACGAUACCCGCUCACUGCUCACUCUCUGUUCCCCCCGCUCUACAAGGAGCUGUUCGCGUCCGAGGCCGAGCUUUUGCCGGGGGCCACUCACUGAGCAACCAGCGGAAGAGUGAGACAUACGCACACGUCCGCAGACAAGCAGAACCUGGAGUUUUAUUGGUACUUCCCAAAGGAAUCUGUGUUCUGAAUAAGAGGAAACUAUAACUGUAAUGGAUUAUUCAAUGAUUUCCUUUUGAUAGGUUGAGUAUUUCAGGGAACUGUGAAUUUUGAUGUUAUUUGAGAGUAUAUUUUUAGGAUUUAUUUUGUCUCAGGAUGUGCUGUCAUAAUUCUUCCCAGCUGUAGUUACUGAGUUUGUGUCACAGUUUGUUUAUGCAUUUAUUCCAAGAGGCAGGAUGCACUGUCGAUGUAAACCUAAAAUGACUCCAACUGCUCUCUGCAAACGAAAACAUCACUCAAUGCAUCUACCUUGUGUGUUUCGCAUAAGCUUGGUUUCAACUUGAAAUUACUUUUUUAAAAAUUGCAGUAAAAAAUUGCAGUGAAAAUAUGCUGUUACCCUAUACUUUUAGUCCGAUUUCAAACUAGAGUGUUUCACUGGUGCUGUCAGGUUAGCUUUUUUAGCAGUAAAUGCCACACUGGUUUAAAAAAAAACGAAGAAAAAACAAGCUGUGCUUUCCGGUAAAAAACAAGCAAUAAAAAUAACAAACUGUAACAGAUGUUGACCCCAUUUCACAGGAAAAACAUUACAUAAGCCCAAUUUUUCUGCUGUCACUUUAUUUUCUUUUCAUGUUUCAAGUUAGUGUAAAGUUUCUUUAUUAUUCAAAUCUAGUGAUGUUGCUGUAAUGUUAAAAUGUUCUUGUUUGAAAUGUUUUCUGGUUCGACCAUCCUCUCUUCUGCUCAGUGUUUGUUUUCCCAGCGGUUUUCGGCUGCAUCAUUGCUUAAAUAAACCAUAUAAAAACAGAGAAAUGUUUUGCCUUAUCAUAGUGUCUCCUCCCUAUUGUAAGAAGAUUUGUCCCAUUGUAAAUGUUAGGAAGUUCCUCACUUUCUGUUUCUGUGUCUUCAGAGAAGUUUUUUUUUUUUGCUCAGAUUGACCAUUAUAGCCAACAGAAGUGUUUCCCUUUGUGUAGGAAAACUCUUGCAGGCUUUUAUAACUUUUUAGCUCUUAAGGGAUUUGCAUUAAAUCUAAAACUGUUUUGUUACAUCUAGCCUUUUUCCUUUUUUAUUUCAAAAUAAUAUUUGCCGUGCAUAUCCCUAAAUGGCAUUAAGGUAAAAGUAUUGGACUCUUCCACAGCUUUACAAAUUGACAAACUGUAUUUUAAUGUUUUCUUGGCUACAUUUUUUUUGUAAAAUAUCUCAACCUCAGACAGAGUGGAUGGAGAAUAUGCAAAGGUUCAAUUUCAAGUUGUGCAACAGAUCUUCAGCUGGAUUUAGGUCUGACUUUACUAAAUCACAUUAACAUCUUUUCAUCUGUAGCUCUGUUUGGAUGUUUGGUCUUAUUUUACUGCUGUAGAUGAACCUCCAGCUCAGUAUUAAGUCUUUUGAAACCUUUAACAAGUUUUCUUCCAGGAUUGCCAUGUAUAUAGACCCUCCAUUUCUCCAUUAACUCUGAUAAGCUUCCUUUAUGUUUUUAUUGGCCCGUAUUUACAUUUGCAAAAUCCCCUACAUUGCUUGUGGCAAACCACAGAAUUAACUUUAUGUGGCUUUGUCUCAGCAUGGCUUUUUUUUUUUGUUCUUCCGAAAAGGCCAGACAGAAGGAGUAUCAGACUGUUUACCUCUGCAACUCCUCCAUCGAGCUCUGAAUUAUUUUCCUUGUUAAAUUUCUUCCUGACUGAGUCAAAAAAGAAGAAAGGAUCAACCAUCUAAAGUGACAGGUCAAAAAUAAAUGUCCUUCAUUCCUCUUCACAUCCCUCAAUACUUUGUGUUGAUCCCCAAAAGGCCUACACAAUGCAUUGGAGUUGGUGGUUGUCACAUGAUACACUGAGAAAAAGUUCAAUUGAGUGCUUACGAGGUACUGCAUUCUUCAAUGUUACAGAUGUGGCAAUGAGAUUAAACAUUAAACUUACUCUGCAUGGA